UAUUGAUGCACCGUCAAUGUGGUUACUCAUGGGACCAGAUGACUUUUAUUCAGCGCCAUGGAGAGACGUGAAGGAUUUCAGCUUGUAAUAGUAGAUCGGAGUUAUGUUCAAAAGGAUCAAUGCCGUUUUCCGCCCGAACCAUGAACGAAAAAGUGAGGAUGGUCUCAGAUCCAAGGAUUACCACACCGCCUGCACGGUGAAGUUGGUGCGCAGUACCUCCAUGCUCAUAGUGGGAGGAAGUCGGCAGAGAACGGCGGAUUCCACCUUGAAACGCAGCAAAAGCACACUGUCUGUAGAGUCAAGCACGGCGCUGUGCUACUACCAGAGACAAGAGGACCGCAUUUGGUUGCACUGUCAGAAUCAGGGGUGUCUGCAGUAUUUGGAGGACCUGGUUGCUUUAAGGAGACAGUACACGAACUGCGUUAACAACCUGAGGAGCAACGAGAAGAAAACCACUGUCUUGCAGAAGAAGCAGCCUCCCCCACCUCCGCCUACCGCAAACGACACGCAGGUAUCAUCGGUGACGACAAGAACAAAAGGCAGGGCACCAGCCACCCCCAGUGAGACGGACGCCCUGCAGUACUUUGAUUCUGUCAUUGCAAGCUGUGACCCAGAACCGAAGCCUAAACCGCAUAUAGAUGAUGGCAACGCUGAUGUUGACUUUAUUGUUGCCACCAGCACUAGCGAGCAUGACAUCCACUCCAACUGGACACUGCAUGACCCCCGGAGGUUCUCCACGGACGAGAGCAGGCUGAAGCAGCGGGAGGAGGGGAGCGAACAUGAGGCCAGAGGACGAGGGCUGGGUGGGACUCUGGGUACUCGUAGACACCUUCAGAGGAACCCCAUCCACCUGCCGAAGGUGGUUGAGAGCGCCUUUCAGACAAUGCGCUUCAAGCCCAAGCUGAAGAAGAAGGACUAGAGUGGCCAGAUGCUGCUCCAUAGCUAUGCUCCUCAUCAAGUAUGCAAGAGAACCUCUGCAGAAGGAAACCAAGACCAGUCUAGUGCCGGAGUCAUGGCUUCCCAGACACUCAUCUCGCUGAACUCAUGAAGACUGCCGUUCUUGUUGUAACAUUGUGAUUAUAAGUGGUAGACUUUCUAAUAAAUUUUGUACCAGUCUCUAAAGGAAUGCAGAGUGCAUUAAAAAAGGAUACUGAUUAAAAAAAUUGUACUGCAGUGAAUUAAGGCAGGGAUAAUUCUAUUUUUUUAAUUCAACUCAUAGUUUUCUUUUGGAAUGACACGAUCAGUU